AUCUCAAUCACGUUGCGCCGCGUGCUCCGUUUCUGCCUUCCGCUUUCCAUCGCGCACGCGCGCACGAGCGGACGCCGCUGCCGCGGCAAGGAAGGCGCGCGCGUCAUCCUCCGCGAAUUUUGUUAUUCGCUGCCGCUGCCGCUGCCGCGCGCGCGGGGGUUUCCCUCCCAGUCCCAUCCCAUGUGCUCGUUUCAGCUUCUUCUACCUCCGUUUCACACGCGCGCCCUCGCUCGCCGCCAGCGCCGCCGCCACCACCACCACCGCCACUGCCACUAUACUAAUGCCGAGUUGCCGACACCCCCACUUGCCCCGCCGCGUCGCUGCGCUACAGCGCUAGAGCGAGCUAGCACACUAGCAGUGAGCCAGUGAGUGCCCGAUCUGUAGCGCACGCAGCCGCUUACCUAAUCUCGCAAUCCAUCCGGUUCGGCGUGCCAAUAGUACGCGAUCUGAUCCGCCCUUUUCCUCCGUCCCUGAGCUGUACUCGCGCCAAUCAAUCAUCCCCGGCGCGGGGAAAGCAAGAGAAAAUCUCCGCACACUACCUCUCUGUCCCGCGCGCCGCUGGUCAGAGCGAAUGAGCUCAACCGCCGUCCUCCCGCCGCCUCCAUUUCUUUAGCGGUUGCCAAGGGUUCUUGAGCUGUCCUUGGUCAAUGAGAGUGCAGGAAGGUGGUGGCGUAAGGAUCAAAGCUCACGACCCCGCCUCACUGAAAUCCAUGCAAGCAACCUGGCCUCCUUUGGUGGCUAGUAGCUCUGGAUUUCUUAUAGCUCAUCUUGUUCAGUAGCAGCAGCAGUGUUGCGUACUUGAGCAAGUGCAAGGCUUCUUGCUUGGCACGCUCAGGUGUCCCGUGGUCCGGCCAUUGGAGAUUUUGGAGCUCGUAAUGGCUCACAAGGCCGCGGCUCUGGUGCUGCUGCUAGUGUCAGUGUCAGUGGCGGCCGCGGCGUCGGGCGACCAGGAGAGCGACCGGAUCCGGGAGCUCCCCGGGCAGCCGGCGAAGGUGAGGUUCUCGCAGUACUCCGGCUACGUGACGGUCAACCAGGCGCACGGCCGCGCGCUCUUCUACUGGCUGGUGGAGGCGGUGCCGGCGGCCGGGCCCAUCGCGCCGCUCGUCCUGUGGCUCAACGGCGGGCCGGGGUGCUCGUCGGUCGGGUACGGCGCGUCGGAGGAGGUCGGCCCGUUCCGGAUCAGGCCCGACGGGAAGACGCUGUACCUGAACCCCAAUUCUUGGAACAAGGCGGCGAAUUUGCUGUUCUUGGAGUCGCCGGCCGGCGUGGGGUUCUCGUACUCGAACAAGACGUUGGAUCUGUACGUCGCAGGAGAUGCUAAGACAGCAUCGGAUGCUUAUGCAUUUCUGGUGAACUGGUUGGAGAGAUUCCCACAAUACAAGUACAGGGAGUUCUACAUUGCUGGGGAGAGCUAUGCAGGGCAUUACGUUCCCCAGUUAGCCCAGCUCAUCUAUGAACAGAACAAGGGCAUUCAGAAUCCAAUAAUUAAUCUCAAAGGAUUCAUGGUGGGUAAUGCGGUUACUGAUGACUACCACGACUAUCUUGGUACCUUUGAGUAUUGGUGGACUCAUGGCCUCAUCUCUGACAACACUUAUCACAACCUGAAGAAGACAUGCUUGCUUGAGUCCUCUGAGCACCCUUCUCCUGAAUGUCUAAAGAACCUGAACCUAGCCAGUUCAGAAGAAGGCAAUAUCGAUCCUUACAGCCUGUAUACAAAGCCCUGCAAUAAUACAGCCUCUCUCAAACUUGGCUUGGGAGGACGCUACCCUUGGUUAUCCAGAGCAUAUGAUCCCUGCACAGAAAGAUACUCAAGUAUUUACUACAACCGGCCAGAAGUGCAGAUAGCGAUGCAUGCUAACACCACUGGGAUUCAAUAUUCAUGGAAAACUUGCAGCGAUAUUGUCGGAUCAUACUGGGCAGAUUCCCCGAAAUCUAUGCUUCCUAUCUACCAAGAAUUGAUUGCAGCUGGUAUCAGGAUAUGGGUUUUCAGUGGGGAUACAGAUGCUGUAGUUCCUGUUACUGCAACAAGGUACUCAAUAGAUGCUCUUAAGCUUCCAACUAUGGUCAAUUGGUACCCUUGGUAUGACCACGGAAAGGUUGGAGGUUGGAGUCAAGUGUAUAAAGGAUUAACUCUCGUCACUAUAGCAGGCGCAGGCCAUGAGGUACCACUACACCGGCCUCGAGAAGCACUUAUAUUAUUCAGACACUUCUUGCAGAAUACACCCAUGCCAACUCAAUAGCCACUUGAAGCAGAAUGAUAGAGUAAACUACGACAAUCAUAUAAAGUGCUAAAGUGUUUUUACAUUAUUUUUUAAUUUGAUUUGAUUAUUACAACAUGAUAUCAACUAUCUCUACUAAAUGUAUGUAUGUUUCUUACUAGCUAGUAGGGAAACCUGACAAUUGUACUGCUCCAGCUAAAGAGCUCCUUUGUAUAUGAUACUGAUAGUGAUUCUUUGAGCAGUAAAAUUUACAAUUUUACAUCUUUCUCAGAAAAUGAUCCUUCAUCUUGCUAUUUGCAUAUCAAAUUUUGUGGAUUAGAACAGAUAUUUCUUGGUUAUUACAACGCUCUUUACCAUGCUAUACAACUGAGUUACUGCUUUGUAUGAAGUUGUUACUUAUAUCUAAAAACUUUGUAUGAACAUGAGCUCACCUGGAGCCCUGCUUACAUGAGUUCAUUCUGUGCUCCCAAGUCCCAUUUCUUGACGAGCUGGCACCAGAGGAAAAUUACACUGAUAAACAGAAAUCAGAAUUAUGGUUUCACCUUAUCAGCUUAACAAAACUGAAGAUACAUGCCUAUUUCUGGAAAACCAAAAGACUAUAAUUUAAAGUUUAACAGAGAAUUUAUAUUCAGUAACUGACACAAUGCAACAACCCAUGCUUUCUUAGAAGACUAAUGAAGAAUCCGUGUAGAGAAACUUAAGACAUACCAGUAAAGCAAGAUGACUCAAAAUUGCAACCCCUAUGAACCUCAUGAGAUGGUACAAACUCAAUAGGGCCAAGCCACAUACAGCAAACUUUGUCAUUUUCCAAUAUUAACAGAUCCAAAAAUUAACAACCAGUGUAUACUCCCACCAAUUCACAGAAGAAAAGAAAAGCACUACUAGUCUACUACAGACAGCAAAGGUGACUCAAGAUCAUGAUGGUAUCAAACCCUUCCAAAAGCUCACUGCCAUGGCGAUCCCUUCCUUGACUGCAAUAUCACCCUUUUU